AUGCGCUGUUCCGCGUCGGACGUCUUGGCUGCAGCCACUGCUGCCUCGGCUGGCCCGAGAUACAUCAUGUACUUGGACCAAUACCACCUCACCACUCUCCCCCCCAAGGACAUCACCGCCGGCGUCAACGUUGUCAUCACGGCCUUUGCUCCCUCCGCCACCUUCAACAACGGCUCCGAAUACACUCCCUUCAAGCCUCUCAAUGAGAUCCGCGAAAUGUUUGACAGCGGAACAAAGGUGUGCAUGGCCAUUGGCGGCUGGGGCGACCUCGAGGGCUUCGGCAUCGGCGCUGCCACCGACGAGUCCCGCAAGACCUUUGCCAAGAACGUGGCCAACACCGUCGAGAAGCUGGGCUAUGACUGCGUGGACGUUGACUGGGAGUACCCCGGUGGCAACGGCGAGGACUACAAGAACAUAACCAACGAUAAGAAGACGAGCGAGAUCGAGUCGUAUCCGAUGCUCCUGUCCGAGAUCAAGCAGGCCAUUGGAGACAAGGAGCUGUCCAUCGCCGUGCCCGCCAGGAAGCCCGACUUGAUUGCCUACACCGCUGAGCAAAUGCCCAAGGUCAACGCAGCCGUCGAUUUUGUCAACGUCAUGACGUACGACAUCAUGAACCGCCGAGACAACGUGACCAACCACCAAAGCUCCGUCGUGGACUCCAAGGCAACAAUCGAAAUGUACAUGGAGCUCGGCGUGAAUGCCAGCAAGAUGAAUCUCGGCUUCGCUCUUUACGCCAAGUUUUUCGAGACAGACGGCGAGUGCACGCAGUCCGUCGGCUGCCCGACUGUUCUGCUCGAGUUUGAGAACGGCACCGACACGCAAAAAUCUGGGGCCGUAACGUUUGAGACGCAGAGUUUCAGCGACCCCGCCUUCGCCGAGGCCCUGAAGAAGGGCAACCUGGACUCUGAGCGUGGAGGCCAGUGGUACUGGGACCCGGCGACCAAGAAGUACUGGACCUGGGACACGCCCCAGCUCGUGACUCGCAAGUUCAACGACAUCGUCAAGCCCAUGCAGCUCGGCGGUGUCUUUGCCUGGAGCAUGACCGAGGACAGCAACGACUGGGGUCACAUAAAGGCCAUGCAGGCGGGCGUCAAGGAGCUGUGA